AUGAUGGAUAACUACGGGUUGAGUUUAAAAAUUUUGGAUGAAGAGAGCGUAAAUAGGUUCAGAAACAGUGCAGUGUAUAAUGAAAUAAUAGAGUUCAUUACAAACCUGAACAAAUCUGUAGUAGGUGUAGAGAUGCGUCCCCUUGAAUAUUUCUACACACAUGAGGAUAAGGUUGGAGAAAUUGAAAAACAUAAAGAUGAAAGAAGAGAAUAUUUUUUGCUGAUUUCAAAAAACGUAGAAAAUAUAUUUAUUCUUAUAAAGAACAUGAACAAAUGCAUAGAUGCAUGUCCACCUGUAAAUCAACCUACACGAUUUGGAAAUAAAGGAUUUCAAAAUUUUUGUGAUGAAUAUUAUAAAGAAAUUGAUGAAUUCCUACCUAAAAUUUUAAUUCAAUCAGGUAUAGAAAACAUAACACAGCAUACUUUUCAGUUGGCUCAUUAUUUGAAGAAUUCAAUAGGAAAUAAAAAACGAAUUGAUUAUGGAACUGGUCAUGAGUUGAACUUUUUAUUAUUUCUCUUCUGUUUGAAUAAACUCCACUUUUUUUCGCCCCAAGACUAUAAGCACCUCGUCCUUGUUCUUUAUCGACAGUACUUGGAAUGCGUGAGGAGAGUACAACUCAUUUACACAGUGGAACCAGCUGGAAGUAGAGGUGCAUGGGGGUUGGAUGAUUUUCAAUUUUUAGUUUUUCUAUUUGGUGCUGCACAGUUAUCAUACAAUAGGAAAAUAAAAACAGACGACAUCGAAAAGAAGGAGUUAGUAGAACUCUGGGCACCCAAGUACUUAUAUUUUGAUGCCUUAAAAUACAUCUCCAUGCUGAAACAUGCCCCUUUUCAUGAAUCUUCCCAAAUGCUGUAUGAUAUUUCCGGUGUGGAAACAUGGGAGAAAAUUUGUUCAGGGUUGCUGAAAAUGUACCAAGCAGAAAUAAUCCAGAAGCGUCAAAUCCUGCAGCAUAUUUUGUUUGGGAAAUUAAUUGACUUUUGA